UGUGGUGGCAUGACUAUUCUCUCGACUGCAUUUCUAAACGGACUGCAGCGAACCAUCCAGGACUCUAAAGCUGCUGAGUUCACAAUGAAACUGGUGCCAAACCUCCUUCUUUGCUUGCUGCUACUGGUGAAACUGUAUCAUACUGAAACAGCAGAUGAAGAACCACAGCCACCUAAAGAGCCUUGUGCAAAUUGGAUGGGAGGAGCACCAGGAUACCCAGGCCACAACGGCGUCCCAGGCAGAGAUGGAAAGGAUGGGAAAGACGGGCAAAAGGGAGAGAAUGGAGAGCCAGGUGAGCCAGGCCCCAAAGGGGAUACUGGAGAGGUAGGAGCUCCUGGCACUGAAGGCCCAAGAGGAUUUCCAGGAAUCCCAGGGAUGAAAGGGGAGAAGGGAGAAGGUGCUUAUGUUUACCGAUCGGCUUUCAGUGUUGGGCUCACCAGCAGAGCCCCUGUCCCCAACAUUCCCAUCAGAUUCACAAAAAUCUUCUACAACGAACAAAAUCACUACGAUGAAACCACGGGGAAGUUCCGCUGCAGCAUCCCAGGCCUGUACUAUUUCACAUACCACCUCACUGUGUAUUUAACAGAUGUGAAAGUCAGUCUGUACAAGAAGGACAAGGCAGUGCUAUUCACCUAUGAUCAGUUCCAGAAAAACAAUGUCGACCAAGCUUCUGGGUCUGUUUUGCUUCACCUGAGUGCCGGAGAAGAAGUUUGGCUUCAAGUGUAUGGAGAAGAAGAAAAAGAAAACAAUGGUGUCUAUGCUGAUAAUAUCAAUGAUUCUACUUUCACAGGUUUCCUCCUUUAUCCAGACUUGGAUCUUCAUUAAAGUGUGAGUCCAGUACAUGAGGGAGGAAAGGAAGGAUUAGCCAAGGAAUUGAUUUGCGAACACUCUAGGUUUUCCUAAGCACUAUUUCCACACUGUGAUUACUAGCAAACAGUGUUUUGUAGGGCUUUAGACUAGGUAUUAUAAUGACCAUGAAUGAAAUCCUGGCCCCAUUGAAAUCAAUGGGAGUUUUUCCAUUGACUUCAGUGGGGCUAUAAUUUCACCCCACAUCACCACUUCUGCCCUCUUUCCAAACUCUGAGCCCAAAUAUCAAUACAUUCACUAAAGAAAUAGACAGAGAUAACAUAGCGUCUAGUCCACUGGGCUCCUGUUCCAUGACAGAGGCUCCUAAGUGCUAUGAUAAUUCAAAUAAUAAAUAUAAUCAUAAAUAAUACAGCUCCUUGAAAUAUUUUUGAAAUUCACAGUUUUGACAAAUUUUGAAUGUCAAUGACAAAAUUCACAAUUUAGAGCUGGCUGAAAUUUUUCAAAAUGUUGAACUUUUCAGUCAAAAUUUCAAUUUUUUAUCAAAAUAAGGAAGAAAGUAUUUCAUGAAAAUUAUAUGAAACUUGUUCCUGCUUUCCACUCAGCUCCAAUAAACACAUCCCAUUGCCAUUGUAAUCCUGCAGUUUACUCGGGCCUUUUAACUCCUCCCAUUGUUUAGUGUUUUUCCUAGUAAUGUUAUGUCUAAUUUAGAUUGCAAGCUCUGUGGGCAGGUGGUGUGUCUUUUUUUAUUUAUCUGGAAAGCAUUACAUACACCCAUCGGGCUACAUAAAUAACCAUGAAAACAACUCAUAGCUACUACCAUCCUGAAUAUUAGAUUGUUCCAGAAGCUUCACUUCUUUAGAGACCAUAUUUCUGUGACUGUUCUAAAAUCAUGGCAUCCCCCUGCAAACAACAUACAGUACCAGAUAUUUGGAGAAUGGGAGGCACCAACAGGCAGCUGGGAAGAUAUUUAAAUGAAAACACAUCUCUAAUUAAAACACUGGAUCUGCACUGUAUUUAAAGAUGUAGCAGUUCAGCACUCAUGCUGUAAUGUGUGUUUGGUUUGACAGUAUCAUAGCUUUAAUUUCAGCUGGAGGUCAGGAAUGAAUUGUUAAUUCACCUAGAAUCUUCUGUGCCUUCUUCUCUAUGAAAAAGCCAGUAGUGCCUUCAGUUUAGCAAUCACCUUUCCAUCCUAUAAAUAUACAUCCAUUAAUGAUUAGAACACCUGUGGGAGAGAUCCUCAUCUGGUGUAAAUGAGCAUAGCUCCAUUGACAUCAAUAGAGCAACACUGAUUCAUGCCAGCAGAGGAAUCGGCCCACUUAUCUGCAAGACUAGUUCUAUGUUGCUAUGAUUAUUAGGAUUGGUGAUCUUAGUAACAUUCCUACCAUGAGCUGAUCUCUCUCAUAGUUUCUUGUUUGAUUUUAUCUAAAAGAAAAUCAGCUUCUCUGAUAGAUUUAGAGAUGAAGAAUCUAGUUUUGCUUUGAUAGGUUGGUUGUUUUGGUUGGUUCCUAAACUGACACAUUACUCUAAAUGUAAAAUAGUAUCACUGCUUCCACUAAAAAUUGUUUUCAUAGCAGUAUUUUCUGCACUCCAAUGAAUUAAUAUAUUAUAAAUAAAAAUA